AUGGAUAUCAGGGCAUUUCUGUCGUCAUCAAAAUCCUCUGAAUCAUCUCAAACAUCUACAACUUCCACUUCUAAGAGAGCAAUUGAUGAUUCUUCGACAUCUCAAUCUUCAUCGAAACGAAAGUUCGUACGGUCGUGGUUGAAAGACUUCACAUGGCUAACGUACGACUCAGAAGGAAACCGGAUGUUUUGCAAAUUUUGUAGAGACAAUCCAACUUGCAGUGACUCAUCCUCUACCUUCGUGUCUGGCAGUCAGAACUUUAAAAUAGAAUCUGUGAGAAGCCACGAAACUUCAACUGGUCAUACACGUUGUGUUGCGGCUGCUAAAGUUUCUGAGAAUCCACAGCUAGCUCCUUUACCACGCGCUCUGUUGUCAAUGUCAAAAGAAGUCUCUCAGAAGAUGGAAAGAUUGUUUGAUAUAGCUUAUUUUGUUGCAAAGAGGGAAAUGCCAUUUACAAGCUUUCCCCACCUGUGCAAACUUGAAAUGAAACACGGAGUUGAGCUUGGAAACACCUACAUUAAUGACAAAGCAUGCAAAACGUUUGUAACGGCUAUUGCAGGACAAUUAAAGCAUGAACUUUCAAGCAAGCUUCAGUCAUCAAAGUUCAUAAGUGUAAUGGCAGACAGUGCAUGUGAUGUUGGAGUACGUGAGGUAGAAGAUGUUUAUGCAUGUCAUUUGGUUAAAGGUGAGAUAGAAAAUUCAUUUGUGGGGCUGAAGGCUUGUGAAAACAGCAAAGCACCUGGAAUCAAAGCAGCUGUGGAAACUGCUAUGACAGAGGUGUGUAGGGAUUGGAAAGAGAAGACAGUGGCCCUGGGAGCAGAUGGAGCAAAUGUUAUGCUUGGAGAAAUAAGUGGUGUUUAUGGCUUGCUUAAACAAGAAAUUCCUCACAUUAUUAAGGUACACUGCGUUGCACAUAGGUUGGAACUUUCAUUUGCAGACACCUUGUCAGAUGUUCCAGUUCUUAAAGAUGUCAAAAAAAUGCUUCAAGGUAUUUGGAAGCACUAUCAUUAUUCUGCAAAGGCAGUCCGUGAGCUUGAAGAACUAGCUGAGAUUAUGAAAGUGCGAGCAUAUCAAUCAAAGCAGACGGCACAAGAUGCACUUUCCAAAGUGAGUCUUAGCUUCCAGGAGGAUGGAAUAACAAUCUCAAGAGUUCAAGAUAACUUAACUGCCCUUUUAGCAAAACUUGAAUCUUUCAAGGAAAGACCUGGUCAGCAACUAAACUCUUUCCUUACGGAAGUAGGGGAUGGCAACACAUUUAAGGGCAUAGAGCUUCAAAGGGAUGCAGACAGGCAGGCUAUUAAUCCUAUCCAGGCAUCUGUGGUGAAUGCUGCCAUGACAUUCAUCCAAGAGAGGUUUGAAGGGAUGGAAACAGAUCCAGUAUUGUCAGCAGCAGCUGUCUUGACAAACCACCGAGGUUGGCCAGUUACAGACAGGCAUCGGCUGCUCCUAUAUGGCAAAAAUGAAAUCCAGACACUACAUGGUCAUUUUCAGACUGCUUGCUGCGAGCGGGGGAACUCUUGCAUGAACAGAAUCAUGACUGACUGGAGGUCAACCUUGAAUGUUUCUACUAUUGACGAGUUGAUGAGAAUAGCUAUCAGUGGACCUUCUCAUGAGGACUAUACUGCAGUUCUUGCAGUUGGGCGCUGGCUGGAGGAGUCAGAACGGAGCAGACGGCCUACAUUGAUGGACUGA